CAAGUGUAUCAUGCGUUCCAUAGUCAAACAACAGUACCCUAUAUAUAUCUGGUUCUUUCUCCGAGUAUUGAAAUGGAAAGAGAGAACCUGCCUGUGCAGAUAUAUCCUACACCUCUGAGAGCAUCUACCUGUGUACAGUAACUUGCUGAGAGUAGACGAAAAGUAAAAUGGCAUCUACAGAAAAAGAGGUGAGGAUUGUUCUGCUGGGUAAACCUGGAUCAGGAAAGAGUUCAUCAGGAAACACUUUACUGAACAAAGAUGAGUUUACAGUGUCUGUUUCACUCGUGUCAGUCACAACAACGUGUUCAAAUCAACAGUCUCUUGUGGGUGAUAACAACAUCAGCAUAAUCGACACUCCAGGACUGUUCGAUACAUCAAGAACAGAAGACCAUUGUGACGUGAUCAAGAAGUGCAUGGAGAUGUCAGCUCCUGGUCCUCAUGUGUUUCUGCUGGUCAUCAGACUGGACGUGAGAAUCACAGAUGAGGAGAUGAACGCAGUGAAAUGGAUUCAGAAGAACUUCGGAGAAGAUGCUGUAAAAUACACCAUGAUCCUGUUCACUCAUGCUGAUGCACUGAAGGGAAAAUCUUUGGAUGAAUAUGUUGGAAAGAGUAAAGAGGUUCAGGCACUGAUCGACAGCUGUGGUGGAAGAUUUCAUCUGUUCAACAACGAGGAUGUGGAGAACCGCUCUCAGGUCACAGAACUGAUGGAGAAGAUUGAGAAGAUGCUGGAGGAGAAUGGAGGGAAGCACUACAGCAAUGAGCUGUUUAAAAGUGCUCAAAAGAAGAUUCAAUGGGAAAAUCUUUCUCAAAAGUCACUAGAUGUUGGUAAAAAGACUCUGUCAGUGAUAGGAGGAGGAGUCGUGAUGACCGUAGCAGGAGCAGCAGUAGUGGGAGCAUCCGUAGCAACAGCAGGAGCAGCGGUUGUAGCACAAGCAGUUGCAGCCACAGGAGUAAUUAAAUUAAUAAGUGGUGUCGCAGCAAUGACAACAGCAGGAGUAGCAAUUGCAGCAAAAUAUAGAAGAAAGAAAGAAUCUGAUGCUGAGUAGCUCUCUAUGUCUUUUAAUAGCCUUUAUCUAUCCACAUAUAGCUACUGUUUGUGUUUACUAUAUUUUUGUAUCACACUCCUUGAUAAAAAAAGCAUUUUUGCCUUAUUGUAGCUUAAAGAAAGCUUAAGUGCUUAAAUAUUUUUCCUUCAAGAAAAAGAUUUGUGUUAUUUUACUAAGCCAUAAAAAGGCUGAAUUGCACCUGCUAAAGUAAACUGCAAGCACUGAAAACUAGUGUAGUCCAUGAUGAGGAGAUACACUGCAGUAUUUUACACUGCUGGUGACCAAGUCUCUGCUGUUAUGUUUCUUCAGAGUCUCAUUAUUUUGUAAAGCAGUUGUCAUAAAAUGUCUUUAGAAUGUUAAAAUGCUACAUGGUUGUGUAUACAAGAUGCACCAUAAAUUAAACAAACCUUGAAACUUUCGUGUAAGCGUGAAUGCAUGCCUGUUUACGUUUUUUUUGUUGCAAUGUUACAAUGUAUUGUAAUACAUCUACAGUAUGUAUUGUUUGAUUUUUACACGUAAAGCUCAUUUAUAAACCAUGCACAUUGUUAAAAAGUGCUAUAUACUGUAAAUAAACUUACUUAGAAGUACGUAGAA